AUGUCACAAUCAAUAAAUGAUUUAAUCAUAACUGAAUACCUUACUAAAUGGUAUAUUUCAAUACCUUUAUUACUAGUCAUUUAUAAAAUAUUUGAUGCAAUAUAUGAAAUAUAUUUAAGAAACAAGCUUGGUGCAAAACCAGAAACAAAUCCAGAAGGUGAUGGAUUUUAUGGAUUUAAAUUACCUUUUACAAUGAUUCAAAAAAAAAAGGAAGGUAAAAUUACUGAUUAUGCUUAUGAAAGAUAUUCAUUUGUUAAAAAUCCUGAUAUUCCAACUUUUUCAUUUAGAAUAUUUACAACAAAAUUAUAUUCAACAAAAGAUCCAGAAAAUAUAAAAGCUUUAUUAGCAACUCAAUUUAAUGAUUUUAGUUUAGGAUUAAGACAUUCUCAAUUUUUACCAUUAUUAGGAAAUGGAAUUUUUACAUUAGAUAAUGAAGGUUGGAAAGAUUCAAGACAAAUGUUAAGACCACAAUUUGCAAGAGAACAAAUAAGUCAUGUUAAAAUGUUAGAACCUCAUAUGCAAAUUUUAUUUAAACAUGUUCGUAAAAAUAAUGGAAAAACUUUUGAUUUACAAGAAUUAUUUUUUAGAUUAACUGUUGAUUCAGCUACUGAAUUUUUAUUUGGAGAAUCUGUUGAAUCUUUAAGAGAUGAAACAAUUGGAAUUCAAAUUAAAGAUUUUGCUGGAAAAAAGGAUUUUGCAAAAUCUUUUAAUGUUGCUCAAGAUUAUUUAGCUUCAAGAGCUCUUUUAUCAAGACUUUAUUGGUUAUUAAAUCCAAAAAAAUUUCAAAAUUGUUGUAAAGUUGUUCAUACUUUUGCUCAACAUUAUGUUAAAAAAGCUUUAAGUUUAACUCCCGAAGAAUUAGAUCAACAAGAAGGUUAUACCUUUUUAUAUGAAUUAGCUAAACAAACAAGAGAUCCAAAAGUUUUACAAGAUCAAUUAUUAAAUAUCUUGGUUGCAGGUAGAGAUACAACAGCUGGUUUGUUGUCAUUUGUAUUUUUUGAAUUAGCAAGAAAUCCUGAAGUUUAUGCAAAAUUAAAAGAAGAAUUAUAUUUAAAAUUUGGUUCUGGUAAAGAUGCAAGAGUUGAAGAAAUUACUUUUGAAAGUUUAAAAAAUUGUGAAUAUUUAAAAGCCGUGUUGAAUGAAAGUUUAAGAUUAUAUCCAUCAGUUCCUCAAAAUUUUAGAUUUGCUGUUAGAGAUACUACAUUACCUCGUGGUGGUGGACCAGAUGGUUUAAGUCCAAUUUUAGUUCGUAAAAAUACUACAGUUACUUAUUCAGUUUAUUCAACUCAUAGAUCAGAAGAAUUUUAUGGUAAAGAUGCGAAUGUUUUUAGACCUGAAAGAUGGUUUGAACCAGAAACUAGAAAAUUAGGUUGGGCAUUUGUUCCAUUUAAUGGUGGCCCAAGAAUUUGUUUAGGUCAACAAUUUGCAUUAACUGAAGCAAGUUAUGUUACAACAAGAUUAAUUCAAGAAUUUCCAAAUUUAUCAAUGAAUCCAAAUGUUGAAUAUCCACCUAAAAAAUUAUCUCAUUUGACUAUGAGUUUAUAUGAUGGUUUAAAUAUUGAAAUGUCGUAA